AUGAGUUACAUUAGCAGUGACAAGGACAGUCAUGAUAAUAUUAAGAGCAUAAAUGAGGUAGAAGAUUACCAAAAGAUGAGCCGUGAUGAUGAAGAAUAUAUAAAACAAAUGGAGCUUCAGAGGAAAGCCUUUGAAAGUCAAUUCGGAUCUUUAGAGUCUAUGGGGUUCGAAGAUAAAACAAAAAAUAUACAAACAGAAGCAGAUACCAGCCACAGUUCCUGUAGCGAGCUUGAUAGUUCCGACGAUGGUAAUGGUUUUAAAAAUGGCAAUACAGAGGGCUCUUUUUCUUCUGAGGAAGAAAAUAGCUACGAAAGCGGUGAGGAUAAUGAGCAAGAUUCCAAACCGAAAACCCAACCAAAGGUCAUUAAAUUCAGUGGACCUAGUGACGUCUAUAUCCCGCCAAGUAAGAAGACACAGAAACUAUUAAGAAGCGGUAAAACUUUAUCCCAAAUGAACAAAAAGUUGGAGAGUACUGACGCUAAGGAAGAAAAGGAAGAUGAAACUUUGGAAGCGGAAAAUUUGCAAAACGAUCUGGAGUUGCAGCAAUUCCUGAGAGAGUCGCACUUAUUGAGUGCCUUCAAUAACGGUGGAAGCAGUUCUAUAGACAGUGGUGUAUCGUUGACCUUACAGAGUAUGAGCAGUGGAAAUGAUGACGGCAUAGUAUACCAAGAUGAUCAAGUGAUUGGGAAGGCCAGAUCGCGUACACUCGAAAUGAGGCUGAAUAGACUCUCAAGGGUGAAUGGACACCAAGAAAAAAUAAACAAAUUGGAAAAAGUACCUAUGCAUAUCAGAAAAGGAAUGAUUGAUAAGCACGUCCAGAGGAUCAAAAAAUACGAACAGGAAGCUGCGGAAGGUGGAAUUGUCCUGUCAAAAGUGAAAAAGGGACAAUUCAGGAAAAUUGAAUCUACAUACAAGAAAGAUAUUGAGAGGCGUAUUGGUGGAAGUAUUAAGGCCAGGGAUAAAGAAAGAGCCACCAAAAGGGAACGUGGUUUGAAGAUCAGCAGUGUAGGCAGGUCCACGAGGAAUGGGCUGAUUGUAUCCAAAAGAGAUAUUGCUCGUAUCAGUGGAGGCAGCAAGAGUGGCAAAUUCAACGGCAAAAAGAAAUCCCGUCGCUAG